AUGCUUUCUUUGGCAUCCAUUGUCACCACGGCUGCGCCUGUGACACAAGAAAAACGCGGAUUAAAGAGCUGCUACAAGCACGCCACAUUGACUCAAUAUUGGAUUCCCAAGGAGGGUGACAAGGAUGAAGACAAUGAUGGUCACUCGGUAUCUCUUACGGGCCCAAAGACUAAAACGCUCAAGACCUCGAGCGGAAAGAAAAUUGCCAAAGUAUCCAAGACGACUUAUGAGAAAUUCCAAAUGGAAGGCACCGGCUUGUUAAAGAACGGUGAGAUGGUCAACUUGGAUGACAGCAAGGACGACUUUAUGGAAGUGAACCGUAAAAAGGAUCCUUUCGGUAUUGGCGAAGACGACGAUGUAGCUCUGGAACCCUGGGUUAGUGUCGCUUCUAACGACUUGGAUCGUGGAACAACGCUUUAUAUCAAGGAUUUGGACGGUGUUAAGCUGCCUGAUGGCAAGACUCACAAUGGCUGUGUACGCGUUGACGACGAAGGCUGGAGCUUUGAUGACUGUCAACUGGACUUUUUCGUUCUUAGCUAUCAAGACUACAAGAAGUUGGACGACAAGAUUGGCGAAAAAGUGUCCGUUGAAAAGAAAAAGUGUAAAGUCCAAGACUACGUGACAAAAAAAACCAAGAAAUGGGCUGUUUUGUAG